AUGGGUAAGGAGCAAUAUAGGAAAGCAGACUUAGCCAGGAAAGUCGUUGGGGUUCAAUUUGCCGCUGGAGAUGCAGAGUUUAUGCGCCAAGUUGCGCAUAUUCCUGUUUUAAACAACAAGUUAUAUGAAGAAGCUCCUGGUAAAUGGCUACCUGCUCCUUAUGGACCAUUAGAUAAUCGAUUGGGUACCUCAUCUAAAGCCACGAACUGUUCAACCUGUGGACAAAAUCUAAGCGAUUGUGUGGGACACUUCGGUUUCAUCGAUCUAGACUUCCCAGUGUUUCAUGUCGGCUUCUUCAAGUUAACUAUCCAAGUUUUACAAUGUAUUUGCAAGGAGUGCUCCUCGAUUCUGCUGAGUCCAGAUCAAAAAGCUUUUUUUCGGAAGCAAAUAGGUAAUCCUAAUCUUGAUUACCUGAAGAGAAAAGCUCUCCACAAAAAAAUGGUCGCCGUUUGUAAGAAGAACACCCUAUGUGAUAACUGCGCUUUCAAAAACGGAGUUGUUAAGAAAGCCGUUGGAGGUGUUUUGAAAAUUGCUCAUGGUUAUACUAUGAAUCAAGAAAAGUUAUCUCAUUUUCAAACUGCUUGUGAAACUAACGCCGAGUUGGAAGGUUUAUUACCGAAAACUAAAUUUACAUUGCUUAACCCAUUAAUGGUUCAAAAACUGUUCCGUUCCAUAAGAGAAGAAGAUGUCUGUAUUAUCAUGGUCCGUUCCGGAGAUGUGAAGCAUCCUAGCGAUUUACUCUUAACGAGAAUGGCUGUUCCUCCUCUUUGCAUUCGUCCCUCUGUUGUUUCAGAAGUUAAAUCUGGAACAACCGAAGAUGACAUUACAAUGAAGCUUUCGGAGAUUAUGUUGAUCAAUGAUGUGCUGCGAAAGCAUAAAAGAGAUGGAGCUCCAGCGAAAACUGUAAACGAAACAUGGGAACAUUUGCAGAUUCAAUGCGCUUUGUACAUCAACAGUGAGUUGUCAGGGCUCCCCCCUGAUCUGCAACCGAAGAAGGUAAUUAGAGGGUUCACCCAACGUUUGAAAGGAAAGCAGGGAAGAUUCAGAGGAAAUCUCUCUGGUAAACGUGUUGAUUUCUCAGGAAGAACUGUUAUAUCUCCUGAUCCAAAUCUUCGAAUCGAUCAAGUUGGCGUCCCUAUUCACGUUGCAAAGAUUUUAACUUUUCCUGAAGUGGUGAACCAGUACAACAUUGAGCGUAUGCAAAAGUUGAUCAUAAAUGGAAGUGAUGUCCACCCAGGAGCUAACUACCUCAUUGAGAAGAAGACAGGAAAUAAGCGUUUACUUAAGUACGGUAGAAGAGAAGAGUUGGCCAAAAAUUUAAAGAUGGGAGAUAUUCUGGAAAGGCAUUUAGACGAUAAUGAUGUUGUUCUGUUCAAUCGGCAACCAUCAUUGCACAAAAUCUCCAUUAUGAGUCAUCGAGCUAAGAUUGUUCCUGGUCGUACAUUCAGGUUUAACGAAUGUGCUUGUACUCCUUACAAUGCUGAUUUUGAUGGAGACGAAAUGAAUCUCCACGUACCACAGACUUACGAGGCAAAAGCCGAAGCAAACCUUUUGAUGAGUGUGAAAAGUAAUUUGAUAACACCUAGAUCCGGUGAACCCUUGAUUGCGGCUAUUCAGGAUUUCAUUACUGGAGGUUAUCUGCUCACGCACAAGGACACUUUCAUUACUAGGAGUGAAGUUCAUCGAUUUGCUGCAGCCAUUAUUGAUCCUCAAUCGAAGACACAAAAGAGAAUCCGUAUACCCCCUCCAGCGAUGAGAAAACCAGUGGAGCUUUGGACAGGCAAACAGCUGAUUGAGCUGGUUAUCCGUCCCGACUGUGACUCUAAUAUAAAGCUCAACUUGAGCACCAAAAACAAGAGUUAUACUAGCAACCAAGAGUUCUGUGUCAAGGAUUCAUAUGUGAUUAUCCGUAACAGUGUCCUUUUGGCUGGAGUUCUGGAUAAAAAUUUGUUAGGUUCUGGUUCCAAGAGUAAUAUCUUCUAUAUGUUGCUACGUGAUUUUGGAGAAGAUGCUGCUGUAGAUGCAAUGUGGAGGUUAGGUCGAAUGGCUCCUGUGUUCCUUUCAAAUCGUGGGUUCUCAAUUGGUAUCGGAGAUGUAAGACCAGGCCCACAGCUUCUCGAAGAGAAAGGACAACUUGUUACGGAAGGAUACCGACAGUGUAACGAGUUCAUUGAUCAGAUGAAAUCAGGAAAACUGAAAGCUCAACCUGGUUGUACAGAUGAAGAAACCUUAGAGGCAUUGAUUUUGAAGGAACUUUCUUCUAUUCGUGACCAUGCUGGUCAAGUUUGUCUUCGUAACCUUUCCAAACAUAAUGCUCCAUUAAUUAUGGCUGUCUGUGGUUCAAAAGGAUCUUUCAUUAAUAUUUCUCAAAUGAUUGCAUGCGUAGGGCAACAGGCCAUAUCUGGCCAUCGUCCUCCUGAUGGCUUCGAUGAGCGUUCACUGCCACAUUUCGAAAAAAAACAGAAAACCCCGGACGCUAAAGGUUUUGUUGCAAACAGUUUCUACUCAGGUCUUACCCCAACCGAGUUCUUUUUCCAUACAAUGGGAGGUCGUGAGGGUCUUGUCGAUACUGCUGUAAAAACUGCUGAGACUGGUUACAUGCAGAGAAGAUUGGUGAAGUGUCUUGAGGAUUUAUGUGCGAACUAUGAUGGCACCGUUAGGUCAUCUGUAGGAGAUAUUGUUGAGUUCGUUUUCGGAGAGGAUGGUUUGGAUCCGUCUGUGAUGGAGGCUAAAGAUGGAAGCGUUGUUGACUUUGAUCAUAUAUUAGAGCAUAUCAAAAACACACAGCCAUGUCUCCAAGGCGAAGAACUUAGUCUUGCUGACAUGAGGGUUUUGAUUGCAACUACAAUAGAGUCAAGAUUGAAAAAAGAUCACAGCUUCUUCCGGAAACAGCUGGAAGAUUAUCUGACAGAUCUGUUGAACAAGAACGAGCAGUAUUAUGAUGCACCAAAGCUUUGCCCAGAGCAUAUUAACGGCUCUCUGAAGGGAAGGUGUUACGAAUGUUUGAAGCUAGAAAGCUACAGAAAAAUUCAACUCCAAGCGCAUUGUAUAUCGCACUCUCAAGCUAUAGCUUUCAUUGAGCUUUGUGAUCAAAAGCUUAGAAGGGCAGUAACAGAACCUGGAACUGCUGUAGGUGCCAUUGCGGCAACUAGUAUCGGAGAACCAUCCACGCAAAUGACACUGAAAACUUUCCAUUUUGCUGGUGUUGCUUCUAUGAACAUCACACAGGGAGUACCUCGCAUCAAAGAAAUCAUCAACGCUGUGAAGCUGAUUUCUACUCCCAUUAUCACAGCAAAAAUCACGGAUCCUAAAAACGAAAAGUUAGCUAGAAGAGUUAAAGCAAGAAUAGAAAAAACUACACUAGGAGAAAUUUGUGACUACAUCGAAGAAGUGUAUUUACCAGAUAGUCAUUUCAUUUUAAUUAAACUGAACGCAAAACGUAUACGUUUGCUACAGUUAGAGGUCAGCAUGUCUUCUAUUGGCCAUGCGAUAGUUACUACAAAAAGUUUGGUUCCAAUCAAACCAGCUCAGAUAUCUAUACACGGUAAAACAAUGAUGGUUAUACAUCCUCCAGCCAACUCCAAGCUCAGUAAAACAAUGACAAUGCAGUAUUUGAAGUACAAUCUUAAUAAAGUCGUCGUCAAAGGAAUCCCCAACGUUACAAGAUGUGUGAUUCACGCUGAUGAAAAACGAGGGGAUCAUUUCAGCUUGUUAGUCGAAGGAACAGAUUUUCUAUCAGUUCUAUCCACUAUGGGAAUUUAUGGAAAAGAAACUAAAUUCAAUAACGCUUUGGUUGUUGCUGAGGUGCUUGGAAUUGAAGCCGCACGAACUUGCAUAAUAGAGGAGAUUAUUGAAACGAUGAAAGCUCACGGAAUCGGUUUAGAUAGACGACAUGUCAUGUUAUUAGCCGACAUUAUGACAUAUAGAGGAGAGGUUCUUGGAAUUACUCGAAAUGGUUUAGUCAAAAUGAAAGAUUCAGUUCUUUUGUUAGCCUCUUUUGAGAAAACUAUGGAUCACUUGUUCGAAGCUGCAUUCUUCUCUCAAAGAGACCAGAUUCAUGGUGUGUCGGAGUGUAUUAUAUUAGGAACCCCAAUAACGAUCGGUACAGGAUUAUUCAAGCUCCUUCACAAAACUGAGAAACCUAUUAACUUAAAUACUAGAACACCCAUAUUCGAAAUGCCCGAAUUCAACCUAAAGCUGUAA